AUGAAAAUCCAGCUGCUGAGCCUCGUUUCUGCUGCUGUGGCUCUUUCGCUGCCCGAGAUGCCUGCCCUGCCGGAUUUAGUCGAAAUCGUAGAGAAUUCUUUCCAUGGAAAUUUUACUGCACAGACCGUUGAGGAGCCAAAAGCGCUCCUCCCAACGAUUGCGGAGAUCAGAGCCAUGACGGAUCAGGAAAGGGCAGAUCGUUUCCAUUGGUUUCUUUGCGUUUUUCUCCUGGUGUUUCUUUGUGUUGUUAUCUCAGGGACCGUCAUCAUGGUCGUGGGAGCUGAAUUCAAAGCAUUCAGCUCCUACCAGGCUCUGGGUCAGACCGUCCCACUGAGCCAAGGGGCUCAACGACGGCUGGUCAUGUUGAGCUUCGGCAGCACGGUAUUGUUGAGCUUUGCUGCAACUCUGUGGAGCAUGGAAAAUGGAAGGCUAUCCAAGACACUCGGCUUGGACUGGGAAGUUUAUUUGUUGCUGUUUUGUUGUGCCGGUGCUUCCCUUCUAGUCCAAGCCGUGCUGGCGGUGGCCUGGCUCAAAGCGGGUGACCGCUUUGAUGCCACAGCUUUUGCUGUGGCUUCAUUUUCCUCCAUGGCACCGUUUUUAUCUGACCAGUGGGACACUUUGAAAGACAUCAUUUUUGGAGGGCUUUGUUUACAGUCACAGCACGUUUUCAUGAAGAUAGUCGGAGUGUUGAGCUGGUCGUACCUAGUAGCCUUCCAUGCCCUUUUCUUUUUUAUGCAUUAUUUUAUGGAGGUUUAUCUUCCUCAGGCUCCAAACUGUUUCAAUGAGCUGGCCACGAGCCACCUCUCAGUUUUGCUCAUCCCCCCAAAGGUCCAGGGCGAGUGGUCUGGAGGUUGUUGGGAAGGGAUUAUCCUCCCCACAAUCUUCAAACAGGUGACCAAAAGCAAACUCCUCCACAUAUUCAUUGAGAACGUGCCCCAGGCACUGAUGUCUGUUCUAUUUUUGGCUGUUGAAGGCGGAUCAUUUUUUGUUACUGUUUUGAACAUAGUGGCGCCCUUGGUGCACAUUGUUCUCGCCGCUGCAUUGUUUGAGCCUGUGCGGGCGGCUGCAAUCCCAGCACUGGGAAAGAGGCUCAACAGAGCCAUGAAAAGUGGCAACAUCGUGGUGGCCAAAGCAUUGUGGGAAGAGGCAGAAUUCAUGGGUGAUGAUUUCGCUCCAUUCAUGGGUGAUGGGAGCGAAAUCAUGCCGCAUAACAGGAAAACUUCCGACCUUUUCGCGAAGAUGCUGCCGCAGUUGACCUUCUUUCUGGAUGUAAUGAAGCGCUGCGACUUCAUGAGCGAAGAGCUGAAGGACCUCGACAAGCUCAGUGGCUCGGAGCUCCACAUGGUGAAGCGCAUGGCAGGUGUGUUCGCCGGGCAGGAUUUCGAUUUCGAUUUCCGGCAAAUCCAGCUUGGCGAUUCCGGCGCCAAGGUCUUGGCAGAGGCUCUGAAAAGCAGCACCGCCAAAAGGGUUGACCUUAGCUGCAACAAGAUCGGGGACCAGGGUGCAGAGGCCCUGGCUGAAAGCCUUAAGACCAAUGGAAGUUUGAAGGAGCUUUACCUCAAGAACAACAACAUCGGUGACCGUGGAGCUGAGGCCCUGGCUGAAAGCCUGAAGAGCAACAGCAGUUUGGAGACGCUUUGGCUCCAGAACAACAACAUCGGUGACCGUGGCGCUGAGGCCCUGGCUGAAAGCCUUAAGACCAAUGGAAGUUUGAAGGAGCUUCAGCUCCAAAACAACAACAUCGGUGACUGUGGAGCUGAGGCCUUGGCCGCCGGGCUGCUGCAGAACCGACAUCUUUCUUAUAUUUCUCUCAGUCGGGACUAUGGAUACAGGCUGUGGGGACUUUGGCGCACACAGGGCCGCAAGGCAUUGGAAGAGGCAGAGAAGAUCAAAAAGGAGCGGGGUGAAGACUUCAAAAUCUGGUGGCAGCUUGGCUACAGCCCAAAGGAUGCUCAAUAUCACUUACCAGGAGCUGAUCCAAUACCAACAAUUUGUAGAAGUGACGCAGAUCUGCCGUGUGAGCUACUUGUAUUGUGA